AUGUUCUGCCUUCCAUCUGCGUGCUCGAUAAUGAAGCUUAAUUUUUGUAGUCGGUAUGCACACCGCGCAAGGCAUUCCCGUGGGUCUUUCGCUGUCAUCAACCAUGAAAGCGGCUUGUGGUCAGUGACGAUCAGGAAUCCGGUCGUGAGGAGGUUAAUUCUUCACUUAUCCAAGACCCACACGAUGGCCAGACAUAUUUUCUGCGCCGUAGAAUAUUUUUACUCUGCUACUCUCAGUUCUCUACUCGCAUAUUCCACCACCCCAGUUGGUUGGGACAAUACCGUACCGAUUGCUAUACUGCUUGCAUCGACUGCCAAAGUGAAUUUCUCAUCAGCACUGGGUGGCCGCAAGCAAGUUACGGGGGCUUCUGCUAUGCAUGCCUUUAGGUGGUUAAAG